CAGUUUUUUUCAGUCGCUAACAAGCGUUUGUCCAAACAGUUGUCACAUUUUCAAAACUCUAAACACAAUUAGCACAGCAUCGGUCUUUUGUGGCCAUACCAUUCACACAUUUCAUGUCGUUUUCACACAAUAUGCAAUCAGUGAACACAUUUCCACAAUGCUUACAUUUUCUUAACAGACAAGUUAUACCUCCCAACAAAAUUAUGGAUUGUUUUUGUAGUAUUCACAAAUGUUAACACACAACAUCCCACAAUAGCAAAAACAAUAUUCCAAACCUUAGAUACAGUAUAAAAACCUCUGCUUCUGCAAUGAUAUCAGUUCAAAAACAAUAUAUCUCAGCUGAUAAUAAACAAACAAUUGAAUAAUUGACACACAGCUGAUUUAUGUUGGGUGAAUUGGGCCAACCACAGCUGAUUCCAUUCUGGCUUAGACUCAGUGGCAGGGUUUUUUUUUUUCUAUUACUAUAAAAUGAGGACUUUGAGGAGUGAUGUUUUUGGAAACAGAAACAGAAAAAGACAAACACUGUAAUGUCUGGACGUGGAAGAGGACGAGCAAGGGGCCCAGGGAGAAGACCAGCUCCAGUGAGAGAUGCAGGGCCAGGGAGAGGUGCAGUGAGAGGUGCAGUAGGAGGUGCAGGUGCAGGAAGAGGAGCAGACCCAAGGAGAGGGCAAGGUAGAGGUGUAAGAAUGCGUGGUGGUGGCAUUCCAAGGGCUGCAAGAACAGUAGUCAGUGAUGAAAUUCGUGCCACUAUCAUUGACCAUGUAAUCAACCAUGGUCUCUCACUAAGAGAGGCUGGUGAAAGAGUCCAACCCAAUUUGAGGCGGUCAACGGUUGCCUCCAUUAUUCGCAUCUUUCAACAAACCAACAGAAUGCAACAUCUUCCACCCUCUGGGGGAAGAGGAAAGCUCCUCAAUAAUGAUCAAGAGCUUGCCAUUGUAGAAAUGGUUGUUGCAAAUAAUGCAAUAAAACUGCAUGAAAUUAAAACUAGAAUUGUGGAGGACCAUGAGAUAUUUGGCAAUAUAGAAAGCAUCAGCCUCACAACCAUUACACGGACACUGUCCAAACACAGAGUGCGGAUGAAGCAGCUCUACACUGUUCCCUUUGAGAGGAACAGUGAGAGAGUCAAGGAGCUACGACGACAAUAUGUCCAGAGAGUUAUGGAAUUGAAGGCCAACCAGGCCCUUCAUGAAUUCAUUUACAUAGAUGAGGCAGGAUUCAAUCUAUCCAAAAGGCGUCGACGUGGACGAAAUAUAAUUGGAAAAAGGGCCACAGUUGAUGUGCCAGGACAGAGAGGGGCAAACAUUACCAUGUGUGCAGCAAUGGCAAAUGCAGGAUUACUCCUUCACAGAUGUCAGGUUGGACCCUAUAAUACCGAGCGCCUCCUUGCCUUUCUCAAUGAUCUCCACCUGCGCCUGGUACCAGAGCAGGAUCAGGAGGGUGAAAGCAUGAGGACCUUUGUAAUUACCUGGGACAAUGUUGCUUUCCAUCAUUCGCAAGCAAUAACAGCAUGGUUUGAAGUCCACCCAAGACUGGUAAGUCUCUUCCUUCCACCCUAUUCACCUUUCCUCAACCCCAUAGAGGAGUUCUUUUCUGCAUGGAGGUGGAAGGUUUAUGACCAUCAGCCACAUGACCAGAUGUCCCUCCUUGAAGCCAUGGAUGCUGGCUGCAGGGACAUCACAGUUCAAGAUUGCCAAGGGUGGAUCCGACAUACCAAGCGGUUUUAUCCCAGGUGCAUCGCCUUGGAUGAUAUCAGAUGUGAUGUUGACGAAAACAUGUGGCCUAACCCUGAAGAUCGCAGGGAUUAGAUACAUUACAGUUUUUUUCAGUCGCUAACAAGCGUUUGUCCAAACAGUUGUCACAUUUUCAAAACUCUAAACACAAUUAGCACAGCAUCAGUCUUUUGUGGCCAUACCAUUCACACAUUUCAUGUCGCUUUCACACAAUAUGCAAUCAGUGAACACAUUUCCACAAUGCUUACAUUUUCUUAACAGACAAGCUAUACCUCCCAACAAAAUUAUGGAUUGUUUUUGUAGUAUUCACAAAUGUUAACACACAACAUCACACAAUAGCAAAAACAAUAUUCCAAACCUUAGAUACAGUAUAAAAACCUCUGCUUCUGCAAUGAUAUCAGUUCAAAAACAAUAUAUCUCAGUAAAUAAUAAACAAACAAUUGAAUAAUUGACACACAGCUGAUUUAUGUUGGGUGAAUUGGGCCAACCACAGCUGAUUCCAGUCUGGCUUAGACUCAGUGGCAGGGGUUAUUUUUUUCUAUUACUAUAAAAUGAGGACUUUGAGGAGUGAUGUUUUUGGAAACAGAAACAGAAAAAGACAAACAUUGUAAUGUCUGGACGUGGAAGAGGAAGAGCAAGGGGCCCAGGGAGAAGACCAGCUCCAGUGAGAGAUGCAGGGCCAGGGAGAGGUGCAGUGAGAGGUGCAGUAGGAGGUGCAGGUGCAGUGAGAGGUGCAGGUGCAGGAAGAGGAGCAGGCCCAAGGUAGAGGUGUAAGAAUGCGUGGUGGUGCCAUUCCAAGGGCUGCAAGAACAGUAGUCAGUGAUGAAAUUCGUGCCACUAUCAUUGACUAUGUAAUCAACCACGGUCUCUCACUAAGAGAGGCUGGUGAAAGAGUGCAACCCAAUUUGAGGCGGUCGACGGUUGCCUCCAUUAUUCACAUCUUUCAACAAACCAACAGGUAAGUAUUGCAUUUUACAUGGAUUGUUUCUAUUCUCACUUGACAUGUCAAUAAGGUCAUACAGUAAUGCAUAUGUUGAUUUUUUUUCCCCUCUAAAGAAUGCAAUGUCUUCCACCCUCUAGGGGAAGAGGAAAGCUCCUCAAUAAUGAUCAAGAGCUUGCCAUUGUAGAAAUGGUUGUUGCAAAUAAUGCAAUAAAAAUGCAUGAAAUUAAAACUAGAAUUGUGGAGGAUCAUGAGAUAUUUGGCAAUAUAGAAAGCAUCAGCCUCACAACCAUUACACGGACAUUGUCCAAACACAGAGUGCGGAUGAAGCAGUUCUACACUGUUCCCUUUGAGAGGAACAGUGAGAGAGUCAAGGAGCUACGAUGACAAUAUGUCCAGAGAGUUAUGGAAUUGAAGGCCAACCAGGCCCCUCAUGAAUUCAUUUACAUAGAUGAGGCAGGAUUCAAUCUAUCCAAAAGGUGUCGACGUGGACGAAAUAUAAUUGGAAAAAGGGCCACAGUUGAUGUGCCAGGACAUAGAGGGGCAAACAUUACCAUGUGUGCAGCAAUGGCAAAUGCAGGAUUACUCCUUCACAGAUGUCAGGUUGGACCCUAUAAUACCGAGCGCCUCCUUGCCUUUCUCAAUGAUCUCCACCAGUGCCUGGUACCAGAGCAGGAUCAGGAGGGUGAAAGCAU